CACGUCACGUGACCGAUGCAAAUGAGCCAGCUGUCCGUGGGGGAGGGAUCCGCUCAUUCCGCUCGGCGGCUCUGCGGGCUGAAGAUGGCGGACGGAGAGAACAGUCUGGGAACGGCCUUCUCGGGCGCAUCCGAAAUGGACGAGCCCACGUCUAAAAAGUCGAAAAUUACCCUUUCGACAAAAUACGACCUCAAAGUCACCGACGCCAUUAAAUUCCCUUGCGUUUCUGGAGUCACGGAGAGUUGGGAGGCGGCGGCAAAUUGUACGCAGCCACCGGAGAGGGAAGCAAAACCGUCGAUGGCGGUAGAGCAGGCCCCAGGAGCGCAAGGCGGAGACAACAAUGGCUUGGGACUACUCGUCUCCGAGCCUUUUAAGUCCGCCGUGAACCAAGACGACAGUGCCCUGCUCGGGACGUUCGAGUCCAGUGCCGGUCUCUGCAUCGAUCGCCCCUCCAAUGGCUUGGCUGUCACACCUGAGCAUGUCACGGAGGAAGAUGACAGAUCCUCCCAUGCCAGCUCCAGCGACUGGACACCUCAACCACAUAUAGGUUCCUACAGUUUCAUCCAGCAGCACAUCAGGGAGACCGACCCAAGGGCCAUUCUAAGGGAGUUGCUUCCUGAGACUGUACUCCCACCGGAUUUAGAUGACAUGACACUGUGGCAGAUCAUCAUCAACAUCUCAGAACCUCCUAAAAGAAAAAAACGGAAGGAUAUCAACACCUUGGAAGAUGUGGUCAGGCUACUGCAUGAAAGUAAAAGGAUUCUGGUGCUGACUGGUGCCGGGGUGUCUGUUUCAUGUGGAAUACCAGAUUUUCGCUCCAGAGAUGGGAUUUAUGCCCGUCUUGCUGUUGAUUUCCCUGAUCUUCCAGACCCGCAAGCUAUGUUUGAUAUCGAGUACUUCCAAAGAGACCCAAGGCCAUUUUUCAAGUUUGCUAAGGAGAUCUACCCGGGUCAGUUCCAGCCUUCGCCCUGUCAUAAAUUCAUAUCUAUGAUGGACAAGCAGGGCAAGCUGCUGCGCAACUACACACAAAAUAUUGAUACAUUAGAACAAGUGGCCGGAGUUCAGCGAAUUAUCCAGUGUCAUGGGUCAUUUGCAACUGCUUCCUGUCUCAUCUGUAAAUACAAGGUGGAUUGCGAAGCUAUAAGGGAAGACAUCUUUAACCAGCGGGUGCCCCAUUGCCCUCGGUGUCCUGAUAUUCCUCUAGCAAUAAUGAAACCAGACAUCGUCUUCUUUGGAGAGAAUCUUCCAGAAAUGUUUCACAGAGCCAUGAAGCAGGACAAGGACGAGGUGGAUCUUCUGAUAGUUAUCGGGUCGUCACUGAAAGUCCGACCGGUCGCCCUCAUCCCAAACUCCAUUCCUCAUGAAGUGCCUCAAGUCUUGAUCAAUCGGGAGCAGCUGCCUCACCUCAACUUUGACGUGGAGCUCCUGGGCGACUGCGACGUCAUUGUCAAUGAGCUCUGUCAUCGACUGGGCGGGGACUUUGAGCAGCUCUGCUAUAACACUGUAAGACUCACCGAGAUCACAGAGAAACCCCCUCGGUUACCAGAGCAGCCACCGUGCGAGGCCUUGUCCGCCGCCGCCACCGCAGACGGAACGCCAGAGAAGCCAAAACAGCACAGUACAGACUCUGUCCAAAAGCCUUCACCGCAAAGUCCGAAUCUCACAGAAAGUGAUGGUCACGUUGCGCCUUUGGAGCCUUGUCCUGAUGCUCAGUGUCCCAACGAAAGGAACGCCGAGCCGAGCCAGCUAUCAGUCAAAGACGCGAGUAAAGAAGAGAGCACGGAAGAAAGGAGCCAAUCUUCCCACCAUGAAUUUCGCAGACGAUGCUGGAUGAAUUGCAUCAGUCGAAGUCCAAUCAGCAAGCGCCUGGACACGGGCCAGUACCUGUUUCAAGCACCACAUCACUACAUCUUCCACGGGGCCGAGGUUUACUCAGAUUCUGAGGAGGAGACGUCAAGCUCGUGCCAAAGCGACAGCGAGGAGUCGGAGUGCAGCGGCGAUGAGGGAGCGGAGGUCAGCGAGCCAGAGGAAGCCGACGGAGCGGCCUGCCUCGGAGACACAAUACAAGACACUUUGGCCAAUGAGGCCACAUCGAGUUUGCAGACAAACAAUACGGCUGAACAAACUCACUGCACCACACAACACCUUUAAACUACCCAGUUGACAAAGCACUCAUUGUCUCUUUUUUAUAUAUAUAUAUAUACACACACACACACACACAUGUAAAAUGUCUUUUUCAUAUAUUUUCGACUCAUCAGCCUAUCGUUUUUCAUAGUUUAUAAUUGUGUGCAAAUUCAUGUAAAUAUGGAACAAGGUUUUUUUUUUCCUCUCCCCCCCCCCCCCCCCCCACUUAGUCACGCGCAUUGUUGGAAGCAUACUACACCCACUGCUUACUGAGUAGAACUGGUUGCCUUUUUUUUGUAUUAACGUUUGGUAAUGCAUCAGUUCAUCUACCGCAACUUCUGACAAAAGAGAGCAGUUUAAGCUUUAAGGUAUGACUUUGUCAUCAUCAGUAUACAAAGUGACAUGAACUGUGGUCUAAUGUGAUGUUUUGCAACUUUUUUAUGUCACAGUAGCAUGAACAUUUGGGUCAAAUGCCUGGCUAAGACGAGCCUUCCGAUGUCUUACUUGAACAUUUUGGCUAACCUGAACACGAACAGUUUGACUCUGGUCUUUCAUGGGGUAAAUGCAGCAGAUAACAAGUCCUCUUUAAGUUGAAACCAAAGAACAUUUCAUCAACUUGAUCUGAUUUCGAUAUAAGUUCUGUAUAUUCCUCUUGUCAACGGAGUCUUGGAAAGAGAUUAUUGAAAAGGUGGUUCCUUCAGAUGUGGCAGCUACUUUUUAUGGUCAAGCCUCUUAUUUUUAUACUCAGCAUGGAGACAUACUCUGCCAAGGGUAGAUGACGGUCUUUCUGUACAAAGUUGUCCUUUGUUUUAUUGCGAAGCCUUACUAUGUUCACUUAAAAUUGAAAAAAAAAAUAGCAUCUUCAUGAAACUGAUUGUUGCUCUUAUUUUUCAUGAAAUGUAAAAAUAAUAAUAAUAGGACUCUUCUCUUACCGAUAGCCUGCUGCAUGUAAACAUGUUGGUUGGCCGACCAGAUUUACAGUAUUUGAGCCUGGUGCCAACUUCAUACUCAUGCUAUUUCCGUCUAUGGUUGAAGAGUACAGUUUGCCACCAUUUGUUACUUCUUCUGCGGUUCUCAGUAAAAAUAAUGAAAAACAA